AGCUGAGGCGUGAACAUAAUCGAUCCUAUCCCUUGAGUCGGCCAGCGAGUCGUGAUUGUUGCUCCUGAGCCGUCAAUAAUAAUACAUCCCAUCGGACGAUGCAAAGAAUGAAAUCCAGCAGUAAUAUCUGCGCGUGGUUUAUUCUUGUCGCGGCUGGUCAAGCGAUAUAUGCCCUCUCUUGCGCUCUACCGGCCGCCCCCACGGUCGACCUCGGGUAUGCGACUUAUCGAGGAUACUACAACGACACUUACGACAUCAACGUAUGGAAGAGUGUUCGCUAUGCAGCGCCUCCUGUUGGAGAACUGAGAUGGCAGACCCCUCAACCUCCUCUCUGGGACAACGGACAGAUUACUCCGGCUGUCGAUCAGCCACCUCUAUGUCCCCAAUCGGGCGCCUUUGGCGUCCCGAAGGCUUACGGGUUCAACUCUGGCCCUGGUAACGAGGACUGCCUCUACCUCAACGUCUACGCCGCCCCCAACGCCUCGAGCUUGCCCGUCUUGGUCUGGAUUCAUGGGGGCGGCCACUCUGUUUUUGGCGCCCAAUACGACCCAAGCGUUUGGAUCAACGCCAAUGAGAACGGGUUCAUCGUCGUCGAAAUCCAGUACCGGCUAGGGGCGUUCGGAUACCUCGCCUCGCCGGACAUCAAGGCGGCCGGUCAGCUCAACGCCGGGCUCCUAGAUCAGCGGUAUGCUCUGCAAUGGGUCCAGCAGUAUAUUUCCAAAUUUGGCGGUGAUCCUGGCCGAGUCACAGUCGGGGGCGAAUCGUCGGGCGCGGGAUCUGCCUUGCAUCACGCUUUUGCCUAUGGCGGAAACGACCUAGAUCUCUUCGAAAACGUGAUUGCCGCCAGCCCGUACCUCCCCCCUGUGCAUAGAUACGACGAUGCCGUACCGACGGCACACUACAACGAGUUCGUCAAGCUGGCUGGAUGUGGUCAAGACUCACUCGCGCGAAGCAAUUAUCCGAGCACCUUUGCAUGCUUAGUUGCCGCUGAUAGCGUCGUGUUGCAGAAUGCUAGCGGCACCGUCUCUACUACCCAGGGUUACUUUGGUAGCUUUGCUUUCGUGCCCGUCGUCGAUGAUGACUAUAUACAGGGGUUGCCGUCGAUCCAAUCCUUAACCGGUAGAGUCAACGGAAAACGCCUUCUCCUCGGGACCAAUGCCAACGAAGGCGUGCCCUUGACUAACCCGCAGGUCGACACGCGGGAGAAGUACGACGACUUCAUAUCCGAGACCUUCCCGCUGCUCACCCCGGAAGAUGUUUCUUCCCUUAACGGCGUGUACCAGAUCGAGUCUCUGCCGCCCGACGACGGUAUCCUCUUCGACACCCUAGGCAUCAGCGGCCCGACCGCGCUACACAAAUCCGGAAUCGCCUCGGGCAUCCAGCAAGCCGUCUUCAACAUCGCGGCGGAGAACACGUUUCACUGCCCGGCAGGAUGGCUGGCGGAAGCAUUCAACGGCAACGACUCCCGGCGGGUGUGGAGGUACCAGUACUCGGUGACGCCUGCGUACCACGGCGCCGACAUCAGCGCGUACUUCGCGCACGCGGCGACGCGGGUACCCAGCCCGGACUUCCGGCGGGCAGUGCAGAAGAUCUGGGGCGGGUUCGUGACGCGGGGGACGCCGGUGAUCUCGGUGGCGGACGCGACGGCGGGGCUGGCCAACGCGACGGCGCCGGUGCGCGACGGCAGCGGCGACAUCGACUGGCCGCCGUUCCGCCCAGGCGAGCCCCUGCUGCUGAACCUGAACACGACGGGCGGCGUCGUCGACGUCGUCACCGUGCCCCCGUACCUCAAGUACUACGUGCGCACCGGCCCCGGCAUCGUCAACACGUUCUCGCUGGCCGACGCCGAGGCCUGGGAGGGCGGCCGCGGCACGCGCUGCCAAUUCUGGCGCCGGGUGGCGGAGAGGGUGCCGCAGUGAGACGAGAAGGAAGGGAUGUAAUAACGGGUAUAUAAUAUGUAG